UUUUGUUUAUUUUUUUCACAUUUCGUCUUUGAGAUUUCGUUCAAUACAUUCUAAAUUAAAAGGGACUAUCACUGUAUCACACAGGACUUAACAAAUUUAGUAAUAAGUUGACAUAGGUUUGAGUGUCAGAAUGUCGGAAUCAGAAGUGGAAGCUGAUAUAAUAGAAAAUGUUGCAGAAGUCCUGGAUAAUCUAUCGAAAGAACUAGAAGAAUUGUAUAGGUUUCGAAACUUGUUUUUCGAAAAUCAACCAAUUAGUAUGGCUGCAGAAAAAAAUAAGCAAGUUGAGGAAAAGAAAAAUCUACUCUUAGAAAAGUUUGAAUCCAUUGAUGAUGCACAAAUACCAUCAGCACUGAGAGCCCAGUUCUUAUACCUUAAAGGACGUUGCUAUAAUAUUAGUCCAACAUAUGAUGCAAGAGCUACACAUUGUCUCAGCAAAGCAGUAAAGUGGAAUCCUCACAUGGUGGAUGCUUGGAAUGAACUUGGCGAAUGUUAUUGGAAGAAUAUGAAUGUUAAAGAGGCUAAAGCCAGCUUCGAAGCUGCUUUGAAACAUGAAAGGAAUCGACUCUCACUACGUUGUCUGUCAAUCAUUUUGAGACAAGAAGGUGGUGACAGAAAACGUCCUGAUUCCACCAAUGCGAUUGGCACAAGUGUUGAACUUGCAAAAGAGGCUGUAUCUCAGGACACAAAAGACGGUAUCUCAUGGACAGUAUUAGGGAAUGCUUUAUUAUGCCAGUUCUUUAUGGUCUCCCAAGAUCCAGCAAUUCUGAAAUUAUGUAUGACAGCAUAUAGGCAAGCCUGGGCUGAUCCUGUUGCUAAGGGGCAGCCGGAUUUGUACUACAAUAAGGCUAUUGCCUUGAAAUAUGACGAAAUAUACGAUGAAGCAUUAGAAAACUUUGAAUAUGCUUGUCGUUUGGAUCCCCCGUGGGAACCACCACAGUUGGAACUCCAAAAGUUAAAACAAUAUUUAAACGAAACAAAUGAAUUAGUACGAACUAAAGGAAAGAUUAAAGUUAAGAAACUGACACAGAUGGUACAGUCGAUAGACGAGAAGAUGCUAGGAAUAUACAGCCCAGAAGGUUUGCACACAUUCGGUGGUCGUCGCAACGUGACCCUAGAGCUGUGUCGGUUGGAAGACUUGCACGAGGGACUCAAUGAAGGAAAAGUCAUAUUAGGAAGAGUCGUUGGCUCCAUUCACAAUGAAAAUGCUGUGCCUUUUUCGUUCGCAAUCGUUGGUCAGGGCAUGCAGUGCGCCUGCGUCACCGUCUACAACUGGGCCUCGGGUCGGGGAGCCAUCAUUGGAGACUGCGUGACUAUACCGGAACCAGUACUGACCCUACACAAACACGCGUCCGAAUUGGCCAGCUACGAGUUCAAGUCGAUCCGCGUCAACAACCCGACGCUGCUGCUGGUGAACGGCAGGCGCGUCGGCCGCGAGCAGUACGCGAGCACGCGCGUCACCAGCACCUACGAGCUGCACUGACGGCUGCACGCGGCCGGCGGCGGACGCCCCCUGCUCUAGUCCGCCGCGCCGCCUCCACUACCACACACCGCUCCCACUCAACAAUACGAUACGAGGAUAGCGUCCACAGCUGAGAGGGUAGUUGGAUUAUAAGCGACAUUUUUUGGCAAUUUCACAAGAGAAGAGAAAGGGAGAUAGAGGGAGAAAGAGAGAAUCUAUAUCGACGGGCAAAUGGCUAUUUAAUUUAAGCGACAUUUUUGCAAUUUCAUAAGAGAGCCAUUUAGAGAGAGAGGGGGGAGAGAGAGAAUCUAUAUAUUAAUACGUGAAGCAAAAACAUUGUAGCCCUUUUACGAAAAUUGCGUAUGAAAU